ACUAAGCCCAGCUCUAAAGCUCUGCAAAACUCGCAGAUCUUCUGACGAAAACAGCUAACAUUUAGUUUAUCAUAAUGUGCCAGUUUGUCUGUGUACCUAACUUUAUAAAAGAAUAAUCCAAUGAAGCUUAUUAUACCGGAAACAACUAGGUGAAAUGGCCGCUUGCUGUGUCAACUUUUCUUCAACAUAAGCAAUAAUUUAGGGAAUCUUGGUGCCUCUGAGUGGCUUUGAAUAUAAUUGGAGACAACCCUCAUGAAAAUGCUGUUUUGCUAUUCAUUGCAAAACAACUGAGAUGGGCGUCAGUGUAGAGUUGGUUAGAAGUGUCUUCUCCAGAAACCGCCCAGUUAGGACUCAGGAUAGCAAUAAUGUGCAGGCAAGGAACAAUAUGACAGAAAAAAGAAAAUGGAGUUCAGUUAGAUCAUACCUCUGUGGUGAUGAAUCCAAUGCAAUCGUAGCAGAGGAAGACUCUGCUUCUGUUAAGAGCUCUGAGGCCACUGUUACACAGCCUAUAGUAGAAGACUUCAUGAACAAAGGAGAAGUUCAGAGUGAAGACAAGAAUGAAAAGCAUAACUCAAUUUCCAAGUUAUUCAUUAAAGAAGAUGCAGCAAUUAAAAUUCAGACAGCAUUUAGAGACUUCCUGGCCAGACAUCGAGAUGAAGAAGACAAAUUAAAAGACAGUAACCAGGAGCCUCUUGCAGUUACAGAGAAUUCAGUUAGAGAGUCUGUGGGGACAUCAAUUGUAGUUCAAACUGGAAAUUCUUUAGAAGUUUUCUCAGUUCGAGAAGAAAGCAUGGCUGUACCUCACAGGAUGCACCGAAAAGCCAGAACUCAGGUUUUCAAGAUAAAGCAAGACUGGGAUGAUAGCACCGUGAGUAGCAAUGUAUCCAAAAUGAGGAUUCAGAACAGGCUGGAAGCAACAACCAGGCGUGAGAGAGCUCUAGCUUAUGCCUUUUCACAGCAGCUAAGAAUUUGUUCGAAGAAGAAGCAAAACAGAACCGAUGACACAGAACUGAACAUGAGUUGGAGCUGGCUAGAACGGUGGAUGGCAACCCGUCUUCCUGAGAAUUCCCAGGUUGAAAAUCAUGUAAGCAAGCAACUUGAGCCAUUUAACAACAAUCAAAAGUUCAUAGUGGCAAAAAGACUUUUUGACGUAGCAGGGGAAGAACAGGAGAGCUGUGGGUCCAAUGAGGUAUCCGGUCAAAUUGAAGGCUUUUCAGUUAAUUCAUCUGAAGAGAUUGAAGGCUUCAAGCCUAGGAAAAACAGACUGAAGGCUACAAGUGUGUUAAGGGGGAAAACUGUGCCAAGCUACCGGUGCCCAAAAGGCUGUAACAAAAUAAGACUUCCUAACUAUAGCUAGUAUAAGAGCACUGAAAACAGAGUAGACCAACUUUAUUUGAUUUCCUCAUUGUAACAGGUAAGCAAGGACAGUCCGAAGGAGUGUGAUACUGAUAAAAAGAACAGGCAAAAGCAAGCAGGGAACAAGAAAGAAGUUAAUUGCAAAUAUGGUUCCUCUAUUUAGUCUGGCCAGUGGCAAAUCCAAUUUGCCUUGUUAUCUUUCAAGAGAAAAUCAGUCUCGUGAUUCUACCUAGAAUGUACUCAUGAGUGCAUGGGUUGUAGAAAUAAUUAAUUCCCCUGUACAUGGUACUGUAAUAAUGCUUGAUUCGAUCUAAAUAUAUUUAACUGAAGCACCAAGAUAUUAUUGCUG